AUGAUUAAACUCUCGUCAGCCUUCGCCUUCACGGCAUUCGCCGUCAGGUGUCUUACAACUCAAGAAGUUUAUGACUAUAUUGUUAUUGGAAGUGGCCCAGGCGGAGGUCCUCUGGCUGUUAACCUUGCCAGGGCCGGCUACAAAACGCUGCUUCUUGAAGCUGGUGACGAUCUCGGAGACGACCCAACCUACAAUCACAUCCUCAACAAUUACGGCGCCGUUAACGGGGCGCGCGGCCGCUGGGACUUCUUCGUUCAACACUCAGAAGAUCCUGCUGAGCAGGCCCGUUACGCUCUGCAGACUUACCGCACUGUCAACGGGUCCUUUUAUACCGGUCUUGACCCUCCCUCCGGUGCCGAAAGACUGGGUAUUUGGUACCCUCGGGGUGCCUCACUUGGCGGCUGCUCCAUGAACAACGCCGCUAUCGCUACUUUACCCCCUGACGCCGAUUGGGAAAUCGUGGUGAACCGCACGGGCGAUCGGACUUGGUUGGCCGAGAAUAUGCGUCAACAUUUCAUUGAAAUUGAACGCAACGAGUGGUUCCCUCGCGGCACCCCUGGUCAUGGAUUCGACGGAUAUCUGCGUAUCAAUACACCUAACAACUCCUGGACCGAGCAGCCGAGUAAUGUCAAUCGCAUUAUCGCAGGGCUUGCAAACGCUACGGACCAGGACAUCAAAAUCGUGCCUGAUCUGGUUGUUCGAGACAUCAACGCCGAGUCCCCCGACCGAGACCAGCAAGAGGGGUUCUACGGAAUGAGCCUUCACAUCGACAGCCAGGGUUUCCAGCUCGUUACUAGAGUCCUUUUCGAUGAUUCGGGCUUAGUCCCGGUGGCCAAUGGUGUCGAGGUCUUACAGGGUCAGUCUGUAUACAAGGCCGACCCUCGAUGGAGCAAGGACAAGAAGAGCGAGCUUAAAACGUUCACGGCUAAAAGGGAGGUUAUUGUCUCCGGAGGUGCCUUCAAUAGCCCUCAAAUUCUUAAACACUCCGGUGUUGGUCCCGCCGAUGAGCUGAACAGAUUUGGUAUCAAGGUGAUCAAAGACCUCCCGGGAGUCGGUGAGAACUUGGCUGAGAACUACGAGGGAGGUUUAUUGGGCCUUGCGAGCCAAAACAUCAACUUAGAUGCCGGUCAGGUCGCCCUUGUUCUCAGAACUCCUACUGAGACAGGUGGUCGUAAUAUUCAUGCCUGGUGCGGCCCCUUUGCCCUUGAGGGAUUUUGGCCCGGGAUGCCCAAAGAUUAUGGCCCGCGCCAAUGGUCCCGUGCCGGUAGCGUCAGGCUCAAGUCGGCCGACCCCACGGAUACUCCUGACAUCAACUUCCGGUUCUGGCAGGUUGGCGGCGAUGAAGACCUCCGGGAGAUUGUCGACGCAGUCAACAUCAUUCGCCAAGGUUUCAAUGCCGCCGAGGCUCCUGUGACGCCGUGGAGUGAAAUAUAUCCUUGCCAUGGCAAUGCCAGUAACUGCACGGACCAGGCACAGCUUGAAUAUUUCAGGUCCCAAUCUUUUGGCCACCACGCCUCUUCCUCCUGUGCCAUCGGAGCCGCUGAAGACCCGAUGGCUGUUGUAGAUAGCAAAUUCCGGGUCCACGGCGUCAAGAACCUCCGUGUCGUAGACGCGUCAGUGUUCCCCCACGUCCCAGACGCCUUUCCUGUGCUGCCGACUCUCAUUAUCUCGCAGAAAGCCUCAAAGGAUAUAAUUGAGGCUGCCUCUUCCGCCUGA